AUGUUUAUCCAGGAUGUGUGGAAGAUGAUAAAAGAUCCAUAUCAGAACAAUCCUAUUAGAAUAAUAAUAGAAAUAUUGCUUCUAGGAAUCGUGCUCAAAUAUGCAUUUGACCAGAAGAAAUCCUCGAAAGAAGUAAUUCUGUCGCAUCAAGAGGCUGAGCAGUUGAUUGAAGAGUGGGAGCCCAAAGACCUAGGAACAUCCGAGGCAAUGCCUGCGCCGCACGAGUGCAAGGAUCCAAAAUACAUUCUAUCCACCUUCAACCCAUUUCUCUUCAGCAGCACUGUUGAAAUACCCAAAUACAACCCUCUGCCUGUUGAGACAUCAGAGCAAAAAAAGGAGAAACUUGCUAUACUGUCUGAUGCAAUUGAAAAAUAUGGAGUCGGCACAUGUGGGCCCAGAGGGUUCUAUGGGACGAUUGACAUUCAUCUUGAGCUGGAGCAAAUGCUUGCGCAGUCGCUUGGGGCUGAAGGCGCCGUGCUGUACGCACACUCUCUGCUAGCAAUAGCAAGUGUUAUAAAAUGCUUUUGCAAGAGGGACGAUGUGAUCUUCUAUGACCAUAGGUCCUCAAUCAGCAUAAGAAGAGGCAUCUACUCAUCAAAAGCCAAGGCCAUUUCGUACAUAUCCACUGCAGAUCUGAAUCUUAAGCUUGCUUUGGAGGGAUCUCUUAAAAACAAGAAGUUUAUCAUCACCGAGGGUGUGUUUGAGGAAACAGGAGAAACCUCAGACCUUGCAUCUAUAGUAAAAGCACGAUCACUGCAUAAAGCCUUUCUUAUUCUGGAUGAGUCAGUUAGCUUGCCUAUGCUUGGGAGUUCUGGCGCUGUCGGGUUCUUUGGCGCAAACCCGUCACAGAUUGACCUUCGGAUUGGAUCUUUGUCAACUGGAUUCGGGUCUGCUGGAGGAUUCUGUGUUGGAUCAAAAGAAGCCUCGGAUCUGCAGCGGCUAAGCAGUUUGGCAUACUGUUUCUCUGCGUCGCUUCCUGCAUACCUUGCACAGGCUGCGCUUCUUAAUAUAGCCUCUGUAAUUGAGUGGGAGGAGUCUCAGAUUGGGUUUGUUACGCAGUCUGAGUCGGAGUCUUCAUCGGAGGAGUCGCAGUACACGCCUGCCAUUGACUAUCCUAUAAAGAAAACAAUCAAGUCCCCGAAGUUUGUCUCUAACUUCCUUCGAGAGAAGAACUCUUUAGUCAACCAGGAGGCUGCUGAAAAGUUCCACUCUAAGUUCAAUUCUCUUGCAAGAGGUCUGCCUUUCCGGGCCAAAACGGACCAAUUCACACCAAUCGCCAGAAUACUUCUCCACGAAGACCAUCCAGACGUGCCAAGUGUGUUCUCUGCGAUUCAUGCGGGGCUUGCUGCAGAAGGAGUCUUUGUCCGGCUGUCGGAGUACCCCGAUCCGUCUGUUCUUUUUGUCUUCCACAACGCAUUCCCCCAGGAAGAGGUCAUUCCCCUUGCGAAGACUGUUAUCAAAGUGAUUAAUGAAACAUACACAGGCGAAUUUUAG